AUGCCGGUUACUUUCGGCGCCGUUGGCGACAUAAUUUCGGUUUGUCACCUGGUGAAAGGUCUGGUUGAUGCACUUGACAAGGCUCGUGGCUCCAAGGCGGAGUACCUCUCCGCGGUUCAGGAACUAUCGAUACUGGAAAAAGUUCUGUUUGAGAUCGCUUGCAUUAUAGAAGAGCAUGGCGAUGGGGCGACACCCGAGCUGCAAAGCCUUUGCGAAACAGCAAAACAGGCAUUCACGAGAUGCGAAGCCUUGGUUGACGCCUUCCUACAGCGGACACGUCGCUACCAGGGCACUCUGACAGAGACAGCAAAACCGGAAGUGUUACAUGAAGCUACCAUGAAAUUACGAUGGCGAUUGGCCGAAAAAGAGGCGCUUAAAAAAUUCCGUGUCGAGGUUGCUGGAAUUAGCGAAAGUCUCCAAAUGCUUUUGGGUGCUGCAAACAUAACGGAGACCAAAGUAAAAUUGGAGGAGGCGGACCAGCGCUAUCAAGCAGCGAAUUCAAUUCAGCGCGCGCAAUUGAAGGACGUUUUGGACCGCAUCGAGAACGUCAAUGAAAGCAUCAAAACUGGCAAUGUCAUGCUUUAUAAGAUAGCGGACGCACUUAAAAUGGACUGGCUCCGACAGCUUGGAUCCGAGUUGAAAUUGCUAUUAUACAGGUCCGUCGCUGUCAAUUUUGCUACAUAUCAAGCCGUCAGGCGCCAACAGACCCCUCUGCCAAGUCACGUCGAACACGGGCUCAUCGAUGAACCCUUCAUUCUCGAAGAUGCUAUAGGACGCAAAGCACCUGUUCAUCUGCAAUUCAUAACGUCCUGGGAAGCUUUCGACUCCAUCCUUGAAAUUCGGUUCUGUGGUAGACAGGGUCACCAAAAGGUCAUCCACAAACAGUACGAGCUACAAGAUGGAAGAACUGCCGGAUCGCUGUCGUGGAAUACGCAGAUCAUUGGGAACAUGCCAUACUAG